UCCCAGUCCAAGUACAGGACCCUCCUCCCUCUCUUCGUGGGCCGCAACAUCGUGCUGGUGAGCCCGGAGGCCAAGGCCAAGGAGAUGCUGCGGGUGCUGCGGAGCGUCCCGCAGAUCAACCUCUGCUCCCUUGGCGCCUGCAUCGAUGACACCAUCCUGAGCAGGAAGGGGGUGGAGGACUUCGCCAAGCUGCCCUCGCUGGAGGCCGCGCAGGGGCAGACGUUGGGUGCCCUGGCGCUGCUGCCCUCGCAGACCAGCGCCCUGCUGCAGCGCGGCCCCCUGCUCCUCGCGGCCCUGCUGCAUCGCCUUUUGGGGCUGUGGCUUGGCCUCCGUCCCGGCGCGGCUGCACGAGAGGCCAAGCGGCUGCGCUGGCAUCACCGCGCGCUGCCCGAGAGGGGCUCCGGAGCCGGGAAACGGCCUCCCCGGGCCUCCGCUUCCCGCCUCGGUAAAUGGGAGGAGCGCGGGGGCCGUAAGGAAAUGCCCUGCCCCGAAGGCGGCCGCAUCCUGCCCUGA